AUGGCGUCAAGCAAGAGCAAGAUAUUGAUAAUCGGAAUAACUGGCAAUCUAGGGCUGGAAAUAGCCAAAGCCAGUAUAAAUGCUUCUCAUCCCACCUUCGGGCUCGUCAGACACUCCGCUUUCUCUGAUCCAAACAAACUCCACAAAAUUCAAGUCCUGUUGGAUUCCGGAGUCACACUUCUUAAGGGUUCCUUGCAAGAUGAAAUGAUCUUAAUUGAAGCGAUCAAGCAAGUCGAUGUUGUAAUUUGCGCGGUUUCCUCUAUGCAAGUGCUUGAUCAGAAGCUGCUUAUUUCAGCUAUUAAGCAAGCAGGUUGCAUCAAGAGGUUUUUUCCAUCGGAGUUUGGAGCAGAUCCAGAUAGGACCCAAGUGUCCGACUUAGACAACAACUUCUAUGCAAGGAAAUCCGAAAUUAGGCGCCUUAUCGAGGCUGGAGGCAUUCCUCACACCUACAUUUGUUGUAACUUCUUUAUGAACGUUUUACUUCCGUCAUUAGUUCAGCCAGGCCGGAUAACCCCACCAACAAACAAAGCUAUAGUAUUUGGAGAUGGAAAUGUUAAAGGUGUUUUUGUGAAACAAAGUGAUGUUGCGGCCUUCACCAUAAGUGCAGUGGAUGAUCCACGUACUCUGAAUAAAACAAUGUACUUGAGGCCACCAGGAAAUGUUCUCUCUGUGAACGAGCUGGUUGAGAUUUGGGAGAGAAAAAUUGGGAAGAAUCUGAAGAGGAUUUACGUUACAGAAGAAGAGCUUCUAAAAAAAAUUCAAGAAAGUCGGUAUCCGUACAACUGGGAGCUGCUUUUCAUAUACUCUGCUUUUGUAAAGGGAGAUCAUACAUACUUCGACAUAGACUCAUCAGGUGGUCUCGAAGGAUCGCAGCUGUAUCCACAUAUCAAAUACACCACAGUAAGCGAAUAUUUGGAUACCCUAUUCACACACUACUACGCUGCUGGCUGUCUAGCUUAA